GCUCAAAAGGCCACAGACGCAAUCAACAGUCUUUGUGCCAGAAUGUACAAGAAUGUUCGAGAGCUCACGGAUACCGUAGAACGUUUGCUCGUGGUACCUGGUGUGCGUUAUGACCAGCAGGUUCUCCUUAUGGAUUACCUAAGAUGUCUGCCUUCAGACGUUAGGACAAAGCUGGUGGAUGAGGCCUAUGUCGAGCAGCACAACUUCACCUCCUUCAACAAGAAGGCCUUAGAUAUAGAGGCAAAACUGGGUUCCGUGCAUCAGAGUCAAGGAGAUGGUAGGAAGAAGAGACUUCCCCGGGACUGGAAGAAGAAGGGUCAGUUAAUGUUUGUUGACCACGAUGGUCAAACAACGAAGAUUGACGAGUUCCCAGAUCUUGGGGAUGAGACAGAGCAUGAUGGGGCCAGUGAGACUUCGAAUGGGGGAGUCGUGGCACCCAUCAAAGAAAAGGCUAGGGGGACCGGGAAAAAGAAGGUAGUACGGUCCACGGGUCAGGGCAACCAAGGUACGCCCACCUGGGUGAAACUUGGUUUAGAGUAUGAGGUCUUGAGGGACCGAGUUGCUAGGGGUACGUGCAUGAACUGUGGCAACUAUGGCCACACAUCCAGAACGUGUCGAGGCGGUACAAGGGAAGAUGCCCUCCAAGUGGCGGAGCUUGGUCCCAACGCUCCGACGAUGUUCCGAAUUUGGCAAGAGAAGGAGAACCCUGUUGUGCAUGUGGAAAAUAUAACGGAGCUAGAAGAGAAAAUGAGCACAAUGGAGGUUAGAGAAAACAAGGAGAACAUUCCCCUCGUCGAAGAGGAAGCGGAAGAGGAGGAUGUUAGCAUCAAUGUCAGAGAAAUGUUUGAUAGAAUGGAGGACUCGGUGGAUAAAAUGCAAAGAUUACAUCUGAGGCUUCGCGGAAUAUGUGAAAAAGUUGGGAGAGAAGGGAUUGGAUAUCCGAAGGUAUUUACCAUGGGACACGAAGGACCGGGAGAGGGACCAAAGGAACCUAACCCAAGAAUGUUGAAGGCCAACAUGGCGGCGAAGACUAGCAUGGGCCAGAGAAACGUAAGGGGCUCGAUUCCAUACGCUACGCGAAGACCUGGAGGAGGCAAUCCUCCGAAGGAACAAGCUCAGACCUCCCAACCAACUGAGGAAGAACCACCAAUCACGGUAGAAGGGGAUGAGGAGGAAGACGAUAAGAUCAGGGAAGAAGAAGACAAGCACGCGGAAGUUAUGACUAAACCGAGGAAAGAAGGAGUCAAGGAAAGGAAAUCAAAGAAAGAAGAAACCAUGACCAAGAAAAGGAAGUACAAGACUUCGAUUGAAGAAGGGGUUGACCUGGAAGGGCUAGUAAAUAAGUUAUUUGAAGGUCACAAUGAGUUGUUGAACCUAAGAGAGAUUCUUGCUUCAACGAGAAGAGGUUAACAGGGCCCUAAAUUUUUAGGAUUUUUUCAAGGUCAUUAUAACAAAUGUCCCAUACCUUU